AUGGCCCCCACCAAGCCCACCCCAAACGCGCCCACCACCCCCGCCACAGUCAGCAACACACCCGUCGCUGUCGUCCAGAGCUCAUUGGUCACCGUCCACCCCCUCGUCCUCCUUUCUGUGGUCGAUCACUACAACCGUGUCGCCAAAAGCACAAAGAAGCGCGCCCUCGGUGUCCUCUUGGGCCAGGCUCACGGAAACAAGGUCAACGUCGCCAACUCCUUUGCCGUGCCAUUCGAGGAGGACGAGAAGGACCCCUCAGUCUGGUUCUUGGAUCACAACUAUGUCGAGGCUAUGAAUGACAUGUUCCGCAAGGUUAACGCCAAGGAGCGUAUGGUCGGAUGGUAUCACAGUGGACCCAAGCUGCGCGCCUCGGAUCUCGAGAUUAACGAGCUCUUCAAAAAGUACACACCUAACCCAGCAUUGGUCAUCAUUGACGUCAAGCCCACCGAUCUGGAGAUCCCAACAGAUGCCUACUUUGCCGUCGAGGAGAUUCGCGAUGAUGGAACUGCAACCACAAAGACGUUUGUGCAUGUGCCCUCAGAGAUUGAGGCUGAGGAGGCUGAGGAGAUUGGAGUGGAACACUUGCUCCGUGAUAUCAAGGAUAAUGUUGUCGGCACGCUCUCGACUCGCGUGGGCGACCAAUUGAGAUCAUUGAAGGGUCUGCAGCAGAGAUUGGAGGAGAUUCAGGAGUACUUGGGAAAGGUCGUCGCAGGAUCGCUACCCAUCAACCACCAGAUCAUCUACAACUUGCAGGACAUCUUCAACCGCCUGCCCAACCUCGAGGAUCCCGACACGAUCAAGAGUUUCUCGGUCAAGACGAACGACCAGCUUCUUGUGAUCUAUCUGUCGUCAUUGAUUCGGUCCGUUAUUGCUCUCCACAACCUCAUCAACAACAAAAUUGAGAACAAGCGCGCAGAGGAGGAAAUGGAUGGUGUUGAUAAGGAUGGCAAGCCAGUAACGGCGGAAGCUGACGCUGCUGCUGCUGCCAAGGACGCCACCAAGGACGGCAAGGAUACCAAGGAUGCUGCCAAGAGUGGCAAGGAUGCAUCAAAGUAA